CCGCAUUGUUCAAAAACGAAACGCAGCCGGGUAAAAAAAUAAUCCGCAGUUCAGCUCGUUAGCGUUUUUCUUCAGGUAGUUUGAUUUGGAACAUCCAGUUUUACAUGAGUACCUGAGAGCUGGGGACUGACUCAGGAAAUUAAGGACUUUGAGCCGCUAGAGAUCCUUUGCGAUAUUUUGGGUAAACAUGGCGCUGUCUUUGUCCUCCCCGUGUGGAUGCCCCUACGAUGAGGAUGACGAGAUAGCCGUGUUUGAGUCCACGGCUGCAGAGCUUGGAAGCUCAGCCAGACCCCGUCUACCUGAGAUCUCUGUUAUUUCUCCUGGCCUGGACCCUCGUCCAUCCACGACAGUCUCGAAACUAGCGGUGAAACCUGCAGCAGGGAGACAAGACAGCUCUGAUGGAGGGAGCACAGAGAGAGUGAAAGUGUUUCUGCGUAUUCGCCCACUCUCUGCAGCAGAAAGAGAAAAAGGAGAAGAAGAGGGGUGUGUGGCUGUCCAAGAUGAAGAGAAUCUGCUUCUUAAAGCUCCAAAGGAAUCUCAGAACAUGAGGACUGCAGAGAAGGGCAUCACCCAGAGCAUGCACAAGUUCAGUUUCUCAAAGAUUUUUGAUGCACAGACCACUCAGCAGCAGUUUUAUGAAAGCACAAUGAAGACGAUGGUGAAAGACGUGCUUCAAGGAGAGAACAGACUCCUCUACACUUAUGGUGUCACCAACUCUGGGAAGACUUACACCAUUCAGGGGAGUGGACGAGAGGCCGGCCUGCUGCCCAGGACUUUAGCGUCCCUGUUCAGGAAACUGCAGGGUCGCCUCUAUGAUGCCAUGGACCUGAAGCCUAUCAUGUUUCAGGAUGUGAGGCAGCUUAACUCCAGCGAGGUCAGGGCAGAGGAAAUCCGCAGAAACUCUCUGCUCAAAGAGGAUGAGAGUCAGACCUCCCGUCGAGGUGGCACCACAAUCUGGGACAGCGGCGUCGGAGGACUUUCCUCAACAAGUAAUUUCGCCACACAACUCGAAGACACAGACAGUGUUUGUCUGGAGCCGGACAGCCUCUCACACAGCGGAGGAGAUGAUCUAGAGGAAGGAGUGCAGUUCUCUAUCUGGGUCUCCUUCUAUGAAAUCUAUAAUGAGUUCCUGUAUGACCUGCUGGAUGCUUCGCCCUCCCUGCAGCCCAGGAAAAGAGUCACACUGCGCCUUAGUGACGACAAGCAGGGAAACCCCUACGUGAAAGACCUCACUUGGCUCCAGGUCCACAAUGCUGAGGAAGCUUGGAAGAUUCUGAAGGCCGGACGCCGUAACCAGAGCUUUGCCAGCACUCACCUCAACCAGAACUCAAGCCGCAGCCAUAGCAUUUUCUCCAUCCGUGUCCUGCACGUUCGCCCGGAUGUAGAUUCUGGCAGGGCCAUGCAAACCAGCGAACUGACCGUGUGUGAUCUGGCGGGGUCUGAACGCUGUAAAGAGCAGCGCAACGGCGAGAGGAUGAAGGAAGCCAACAACAUCAACACCUCUCUUUUAACGCUGGGGCGCUGCAUCGCUGCUCUGAGACACAACCAGAACAACAAGUCAAGACCUCUUCAAGUGGUUCCCUUCAGAGACAGCAAACUGACCCGAGUCCUGCAGGGCUUCUUCUGCGGCCGAGGAACCUCCAGCAUGGUGGUCAACAUCAAUCCGUGUGCCUCCAUCUAUGACGAGACCCUCCAAGCCCUCAAAUUCUCAGCUAUUGCUACUCAGCUGGUCCAUGGUCCGUCUACAAAGACCAGAGUGGCCUACAUCCUGUCCCUGCUGCGCGAGCCCACAGCACAUGGUAAUGACAGCACGGUGAUGGAAGAGGAGGAGGAUGAGAGUGAUGUUGAAGAUGGAGAUAUCACCAUGUUAAACACUGAGGCUCUGCUGCAGGCCAUCGACGUCCUGAAGAGAGAGGUGCAGCGCCAGCGGGAGGAGAAAGAGGCUCUCGAGGCGAAUGUUAGAGAGCAGGUGGUCUCUGAAAUGAUGGAGGUCAUCAAUGGGAUGCAGGAUGGCUUCAGUGAGACCCUGGAGGCAGAGAGAUCUCUGAUUGAGCAGCGCUAUGAAGACAAGCUUACCAACGUGCAAAAACAUCUGAAGAAAUUCUACAGCGAAGAAUUAAAAGAGCGGGACCAGGAGAUUGAAGCUUUGUCUACUGCCCUUGAUAAGAAACAAGUGAACGUCUCCAUGUCGGUGUCACAGGUUGACUGUGAGGGACCGCGACGGUCUCAGCGUCUCAAUAAUCAAAAUGAACUCAGCUGCAGACUUCAGGUUGAACUUGAUCAAUGCCGCGCUGAUCUGCUCACAAAGACACAAGAGCUGACGAGGCUGAAGAUGCAGCUGGAGGUCCCAGGUUCAGCAGGCAACCUCACCUCUGCUGCAGACCGCAAGCUGGAGGACGGUCAACGGAAUCUGCGCCAGCUGCGUCAGGACCUGCAGAGGCUUGGGCUGGACCUGCAGUCUGGUGAGAGAGCCUGCUGUCGCAACACAGGAGGGGAGAAGCUGCGGCAGGGAUUGACAGCUGCAGAUGAGACGCUCGCCAAACAGGACCAGGUUCUCGUGGAGCUCCAGAACAACCUGAUGCUUGUUAAGGCAGACUUGAGGCGGAAAGCAGAGGCCCUGGCUCAGACUCAAUUCACCCGGCCUCAGAUGCCCCCCUCAGGCUCUGUCCCCUUCACCACUCUAGGUUCCUGUAAGAAGAGGGGCUGCGUAGCCGCUGCGCCGAGCGACACGGAGAACCGACCUCCACAGAAACGACCCUUUUUCCAGUCCUUGUUCCCGUCGUGCACCCCGACACGUAAAUACAACACUCGAGCGUGUCAGGAACCAAACACUCCUUACUCGCAGAUCCUGAAGUCUCGCCAGCCAUCUCCACCUCCCAGCCCUCUCCUCACCCCUCGCAGACUCAGGGGCAAGUACUGAGCUCUUUGAAGCUUAUGUGGGAGUCUGUCCUUUUUUACUUUAUGCAAAAACAAGAUAUAUCUUCGUAUUAUAUAUUUUUAUUCAUUUUUUGCAGUGCAGUUUACUUGUUGACAUGCCAAAUAGUUAUGGUGCUCAUGCCAGUUAAACAUUUAUGCUUUAAAAGGGUUUCAGCAUUCGUUCAGAGAAAAGAGGGGCUCUCUAUCUCCUCCAGGAUAAACAGUUUGAUUGUAUAGCAAGAAUAGUGCAUGUGUGUGUUAUUGACUGUCUGCAUCGCCUCCCUUUGCCCUCACUGUAAAUACUUUUUUGUUUUCCACAGUAACAUCUAUGAAACACCUGUUAUUACUACUACAAGAUAAAUGCAUUUGACUGUCAUGUUAAAGAUUUUUUGACUGUAAAUAUCUGUAGAUCUCACGUACUCUGCAACAUUAAACACAAAAAAUGACAA